AGGCACACUCGUCGUUUGAGUAGCAUCAUUUCAUCACAAUCGAAGGUAUUAUUCGCUGCCUUAGUAGCAGCAGUCAGGUAGACUUCGUUUGCAGGCAAAUUUUCGAGAAUACAUAAUUUUCUUUUGCCAAUAAGACCUGUUGCAGAAAGAGUGGUCGUUUCGCCUUUUGAAGAUAACUGCCGAAAUGCAUACUAGAAAUCAGACAAAGAAGAACGUAGAAAAUGCAGAGAAUGCGGAACGAAAUAAUGUAGAAGAUAUAGGUGAAGAAACUUCAGAUAAACACAACACUGGUAGAAGGAAACACAAUGGAAACAGAGACAGAAGGUUCUUCGAAUGAGCAAAUGUCAGCGUUAUUGACAAUCAUACAUUUGUUGAAAGAAGUAGUCAGUGAGCUGAGUCGUGAUAAUAAGCAAAUUCGUAGUGAACUUAAAAUGUGCAAUAACAACAACGCUGUUCGUGCGUUAAAUGAGCCUGUUCAAGGAAAUGACGUCGCCGUCACAACUGCCACUGGUACAGCAAAUACACAGUAAAUGCAUAUGCAGCCGAAAACUACACAACACCGACAUCAGUUUCAAAUCGAUAUGUCAUGCGAGAUUUUAAUGAAUCACAGCCGCAUCGAGUUGCACAGUAUCCAGCCGCCCAAUAACAUACAGAGAGGUAUAAUUUCAUACGUCGACAGUUCAGUUGUGAAGUUAUAUCCAUUGCCCAAUUUCGACGGUAACCCGGAGGAUUGGCCUUUGUUUAGAGCAUGCUACUAUGACACAACGAGAGACCUUGGAUACAACGAUCGCCAAAAUUUAAUGAGAUUACAUAAAGCGUUGCAAGGAAACGCAAAACGUGUCGUUUCAUCAUUACUAGUUUUCCUAGACAAUGUGUCACAAGUGAUUGAGGAAUUGCAAUUUAAUUUUGGGCGCCCAGAAUUGCUAGUUCGAGUGGAGAUGCACAAGAUUCAACAGUUUCCUCUAAUAGUCGAGAGCCGUGUUGAUAAAAUUGUUGACUUUUCAAACCUAGUACGGAACAUUGUCGCCUUUUUGAGAUCGGCGAAUUGUGAGUAUAUUUGCUCAACCCGAUGUUGUUAGGGGAAUUAGUCCUUGAGUUACCGGCUUAAAAGCAAUUUGAGUGGACUCGAUGCGCAGCAGGGAUGUUAGGGCAUCCAACUAUAGAAACAUUUUCAAAUUGGUUGAGUGAUCUCGCCAAGGUUGUUAGCAUUAUGACGUCAGUAUUUUCGUUGUCGCAGCGUGCCAGUCAGCCACCAUCGUGAACAAACCUUGUGCGUUCAGUCAUACAGCCAUCGUCAGGUCGUCCAUUUACAAGUGCAACACGAAAAGUUUUGCAUAGCAAUGAGUCUGACCCUAGACAACAAAAACAAUUAUUUUGCGUUAAGUGUAAACAAAGUCGCAGGUUAAUGGUAUGUCCCGAAUUUAAAGCCCUGUCUCCACAGGAGAACACUGAUGUCGUGAUAACCAUGUCACAAAAUAUAUUUCCA